AUGGAUAACGAUGUGGAGCGCGGAAAUGUAAAUGUUAUCGUCAGUGAAGCCGUCCGAAGUCUUGUUAAAUGUGUUGGAGAAAAGCAUAAUGACACCAACGAAUGUUCACCAUCUAUAUACAAGGCACCUAGUACCCUCCGAAAUCUCAGUCCAAGUUCUUUCAAGCCACGGGUAGUCUCUAUUGGACCACUGCAUAACAAAGAUGAAAAUCUAAAACGAUUUGAAGGGCAAAAAGCUGCUUAUGUUCAUGAUCUAGUUUAUCAUUCAAAAUCUUUAACACAAACGUUUACAACAUGUGCGCAGACGGUGGCUUCUAACUUAGAGAAAAUCAAGGGAUGCUAUGCUGACAUGAAGUCUUAUAAAUAUAAUGACGACGAACUAACAAAAAUGAUGGUUAUGGACGCUUGUUUCAUACUUGAAUUCAUUCAUAAGAUUUCAACAGGUUCCAACUUAAGGUUGCAGGAUCAGUACAUACCUUAUGACCUGGUCCUGCUAGAGAACCAAAUCCCCUUUUUUGUUCUUGAAGACAUAUAUGAGUGCAUUAAAUUUCAAUUUAAAGAACCCUCAGUACUACCUAUUACUAAUUUUAUCCUUCCACUUCUGAACUACUUCAACCUCUUCCAAGGAGAAAUAGAAGUAAGCGAUGGUAUUUGCUCAAAUACCAAUCAUGAUCAUCUUCUUAGCUAUUUGCAUCAUUGUUACCAGCCUAGAGAAGAAGUCAUUGAAUCAUGUUUUCCAAGUUCAACUAUUCACUCGGCUGAAGAACUUGAUAGGGCAGGAGUAAAAUUUAAGCCUAACGACGAUCCAAUAACUUGGCGAAUGGCCAUGAAAGUGGAAAAGAACCAUUCAAGAAUUUUCUGGUUUUUGCGUAAGUGUACUCUCACAAUGCCGACGUUGUGUAUAGAGGAUUUCACUGAGUUGGUCUUUAGGAACCUCAUUGCAUAUGAGCAGUCAUAUAGGGCCAAUCCUUACGUCACAUCAUAUGCCAGAGCCAUGAAUAUGCUAAUUGAUACGGAUGAGGACAUUGCCAAGUUGGUGAGAUCAAAAGUUAUCGUCAAUCAUAUAGGUUCAUAUGAAGAGGCGGCAAAUAUGAUUAACAGGAUAUGCAAAGAAGUUGUCCCAAAACAUUUCUAUUACGCUAAAGAGUGGGAACAACUGGAUAAACAUUUCAAGGAUUACUGGCCCAAAAAGAUUGUGAAGUUAAAGCGUACUUAUUUCCAUAGUCCAUGGAGCAUCAUUGCUCUAUUUGCUGGAAUCGUCCUUUUUAUUCUUGCUUUGCUACAGACCAUCUUUACCAUUAAGUCUUCCUGA